AUGCUUGUGUCGAGCGAGUCAACCGCCUCUACUGAUGGAUCAAAGGAGCUCUUCCGAGUUGUGUUACGCGAUCGUCGUCAUGAACGAGAGGAGCUACAACUGGUGUUCUACUUGAUAGCUGUGGCAACGGAACAAACAUCGCCGCUGGAGGAAGAACGCCAUCGCGAGGAUUCUCGGCAGAGUGAAGUAGGAGAAUUCAAGAACUUCGAGAAGAAAAAGGAAGUACCGCCAGUGGAGAGUGUGAAAGAUUUAGAGCAAAUACCUACUCGGAUCAAUGAUGACGAAUCCGAUGCAAAUUUGUCGUCUCGAAGACGCUUUUCCAGUGGCGGUCACCUGCAAAGCUCAGCAGCGGCUGCCUUGAUCAUCAACAAGCCGCCCACUUUGGUCUCGGAUGCAGAGUCCAUUCUAAACUCCCCUCGCUGCUCCGAAGGAUUCCUGAAAGGCGCCGAGUCGGAUGGAGACGUGCACCGUGUGACUGUACAGGGAAAUGCACCGCGUCGCCAUCGUAAACCAGCUUACAAUGAUGGUUGGUCACAAAUCGUAGAAAUUUUAAACUUCUUGGCUUCAUUUCUGAACUCGCAAUAUGGUACGAUUCCUGGUGAACAUGUGACGUACAUUCAUUUCCUCAGCGCUCGACAGAGAAUCUUACAAAAGGUUGCAUCGCCGCUGGAGGAAGAACGCCAUCGCGAGGAUUCUCGGCAGAGUGAAGUAGGAGAAUUCAAGAACUUCGAGAAGAAAAAGGAAGUACCGCCAGUGGAGAGUGUGAAAGAUUUAGAGCAAAUACCUACUCGGAUCAAUGAUGACGAAUCCGAUGCAAAUUUGUCGUCUCGAAGACGCUUUUCCAGUGGCGGUCACCUGCAAAGCUCAGCAGCGGCUGCCUUGAUCAUCAACAAGCCGCCCACUUUGGUCUCGGAUGCAGAGUCCAUUCUAAACUCCCCUCGCUGCUCCGAAGGAUUCCUGAAAGGCGCCGAGUCGGAUGGAGACGUGCACCGUGUGACUGUACAGGGAAAUGCACCGCGUCGCCAUCGUAAACCAGCUUACAAUGAUGAUGGUACGAUUCCUGGUGAACAUGUGACGUACAUUCAUUUCCUCAGCGCUCGACAGAGAAUCUUACAAAAGGAGGUUGAAGAUGCUGUUUCGCAGUUUAGCUUACAACUAAACACAUGUGUGAAGGAAGCAGAAUUUUUGUGUCGGCGUGCGAUAAUGUGGAAGCAGGUACUGCUGCCGAAGACUGGACGGUCCGCUCAAUCGACAGCAGGCUUAAGCAGCAUUUUCCUUGGGUCCAACCCGAACAGAAGCCUUGAUCCAUGGCACCAGUUGCGCUCAGUGUCUCAUCAUGAGACGAUGGAACCGUCCAAAUUGAAAACGCUGAUAUCAAUAGUUAGUCAAUACUACAUGGAGAGUCGUGAGCCAAGGUUACGUGAACUGCUGGAAGGUUCGAAUUGUGCUCGGCUAUGUCGUUUUCUAUUUGCCCGCUACGGUCCAGAUCGAUGUCGCUUUUUCGAGUAUCCGAAUUCAGCAGAAAAGUGCUUGAUAUUAACGAAUCCGGACGUGGAUGCGAUGUUCCUGAUAGAAUGCGUCGGUGAGACCACUCCAACGCUCAGCGUGCUACUCAAAGAGGCGGAUCUCGUCGAAGACACACAAGACGAAUCGAAGCUGUUCCGGCAACAACGGUUGGAUACAGCUUUUGACGAUUUGGUGGCAUGUGUGACAGCAUUUCUGUGGACGGAUCUUUUGCAGAAACCUCCUGGAACUCACUAA